AUGUGUGAUAAGCAACAAUGAGCAAGUGUGCGUAUUACUCAGUUGUUGUUCAUCAUAAAAGUCUAUCAAUCAUAUGAAGAAGUACAAAUUAUAAGUGUUUAAUUUGCAUUGUGUUCAUCAAACACAAUUCAAAAAUAUACAACACAAUUAAAUUAUAAUUAUCAGUUACAUCAACAUUCACUCCAGUGGCUUGAUAAGAGAUAAAAAAAGAGAAGAAAAAUUACGUGCUAUUGAUCUGUGUGUAGUUGUGGGUCAUGCAGACUGAUGUGGACUGAUGCAGACCACUUGUAGAGUAAUGUGAUGAAUAGCUGUGCGAACUCAAACUCCAGUACGAAGCUACGAGGAACAAAAAGCUCGGAGCUUCGGGAAGAUUCAUCAAGUAAUAAUCAAUUAACAAAAAAUCAAAUUGAUGAUAUUGAUAAAUGUGAAAAAAAAAUUAAUAAAACAAAUUGUGAAAUUGAUAAAAUAACAUCAAGCAACGAUUUUGGUGGUGUGCCAAAAGGUACACUUGUUAUUUGUCAAAAAAAUACAAAUAAUCAUACAAUUUGUAGUGAUAAUAAUUCUAUAUCACGUAUUAAACAACGUAAUUGUUCCGAAAGGAACCGAAAUGAAUCACGUAUGGCACGUGGUGGAGGAAGUAUUGUUGAAAGAAAUCGUGGUGGUACAACAAGAUCAAAACCAUUUAAUAAAAAAAAUCAAAAUGACAGAGAUGCUAAUCAACAAGAAUCAGGAUAUCCAACAACAACUAGACAAAAAUUUCAAGAAUCGUUGAAAAAUUUGGAUAAUACACAAAAUAAAUUUUACGAUGACAAACGAAUUAAUGAUGAAUCAAGAAUAAGUAAGUUGUUAAGAAGAUUAUGUCGUGAGGAUGAUCAUGAUCAUGUAUUACCACUUGUUAAACAAAUACAAGAUGCAAUAUUGUCAUCAGAAAAUCAAAAAACAUUGAGACGUAACCUAGAAGGUAUAUGUGAAGCAUUGUAUGAUGUUUUACAUAUGUCAAUAAGUGCUGAUUCAAAAAAACAAAUAACAAAAUGUUUAUCACAUAUUGGCUAUGUUGUUACUCAAGAUUUUAGAAGAUUUUUAGAUUGGAUAUUUGAUAAAUAUGGAAUCGAAAGAAAAGAUGAUAUAAAAUGUUUACUAAUAAAAUCAUUAACUGAUGUAUUAAAAAUGGAUAGUGAUAGUCAUAAAUUAAAAGAUUAUUCAAUGAUAACAAUGUCACAUUUACAAACAAUAUUAGAAAAUGUUGAUAGAUCAGAUUUAUUGAUGGUUACAGUUGAUGCAAUAUUAAUUGUAACUGAUAAUUAUCCAGAUACAUUUACAAAUCAUUUUCAAGAUACAGUUGAUAUACUUGUUGGUUGGCAUCUUGAUUAUACACAAUCAAAAACAGUUGUUACAUAUGCCAGUAAAAGUUUACAAAAAUUACAUAAUUAUUGGAUAUCUGAUAUACAAUUUACACUAACAUUAUUGAGUCAAUUUCUUGAAGAUAUGGAAGGUUGUGAUGCUGAUUUAACAGUUAAUAAUAAAACAUGUGAUGAAACAAUACCUGGACCAAAAGAAUGUAUAUUAAAAAUAACAUCAUUAAUAUCUGUAUUUAAUACUGUUACUAAAAGUGUUGCUGAUAAUCUUAAUCCAAAUUUAACAUCAGAUGUACAAUGGACAUUUUUAAUUGAGUGUCUUGUUAAAAUGCUUAAAACAGUAUUAAAAGUUAUUGAAUUUAAUGAAAAACAUGAAGCUGAAAUUAAAUCAAUUAAUAAUAAUACUAAAAAUAAUCACAAUGCUACUGCUAAUGGUGGUGGUGGUGAUGUUGAUGAUGAUGAAGAAGAAAAUGAUCAAGAUGAAGAUUUAAAAAAUUUAAAUGACUCAAUGAAGAGUCUUAAUUUAACACAAAAAAAUAUGAAUACAAUUAUGAGAAAAUUUAAUGAUGAAAGUAUAAAUGAUCAUCGUGGUUUAUUAAAAAUAGUAAAAACAUUUAAUUCAGGUAAAAAAAAAGACGACAAAAAAUUACUACACAAAGAUAAUGAUAUUGACAUUGAUAAAAAAAUUAACGUACUAAUGAAUUUAUUGAAAAAUAUUAGUUUUAAAAAAAGUCAAAAAUUAUUAAAUCUUUCACGUCAAAUUGAAGAUUUAAUUAUUGUUGCAAAUGAAUGUGCAUAUCAUUUAUUAACAUUACUACAAACACGUGUUACUAAAAAUCAUGAUUUACUAUAUAAAUUUAUUGACAUACAACUUGAUAAAUCAAUGAAUUUUUUUGAAGAUACAAUAAUAUCAACACUAAAUAUAAUAUCAAAAAUAAUUAAAGAAAUAUCAGCAAAUUUACCAAUUGUAAUUGUUGAUAAAUUACUUGGUAGUAAUUCAGCGCUAUUAAAAUUACGUUUUAAAAAUUCAAUAAGAAUACAAAAUUCAAGUUUAAUGAUUUAUCAUAGUUUAUUGAAUUUAAAAAAUAUUCCAUUGGUACAAGAAGCAUAUCGUUAUAUACUGGCUGAUCUUGAAAUAGCAUAUAAAUUAAUUGUACCAAAUUUUAAUGGUUUUGAUAUAAAUAAUCCAUUGACAGAUACAAUAAGCUAUCAAGAAAACAAUGCUGAAAUAAUUGUUAUAUUUAUAUUACGUGCAUUAUCAACAUUAGCUAAUGCAAGUAAUUCAAUAAUUGGUAUGUGGGCAUUAAAGCCAAGUAUAUUAGAACUUUUGGCUGUUAAAAUGUUACCAUAUGAUGAAAUAUUAUGUCAAAAAAAUCCACUAUUUCAUUAUACAUUAUUGUAUUUAUUAUAUGGACAUUGUUCACGUUAUAAUAAUUUUGUAUCAAGUUCAAAUUUAAUUAGUAGCAAUUCAACAUUAAUUGAAAUUGGUGCUAUUGAUGUCACAACAACAUCACCAACAAGUGGAAAUUUAACAAAAAUAUUAUAUUUAAUUAAUAAAUUAAUAUUAACAAAUUCAACACCAGAAAAAACAUUAUUAUUAUUGUUAAAUUGGAUUAAAGAUAUAUUUAAUCAAGCAGUAACAUAUUUUAAUAUUUUAAAAUAUACUGAUGAAUUUAUGAAAUUAAUUAUGUCACUAUUAAAUAUUGGUGCAAAUAUUAAUCAUAAAAUUGCAUCAUCAGUGUGUAAUAAUAUUGAAAUAUUAUUAAAUGAUAAAAAAAUUAUAUGGUCUGAAUUGAUAUAUGAAAAAAUUGUUGAUUUAUCAAUAUUACAUUUAACAUCAUAUGAUAGAAAAACAAGAUUAAAAUAUAGUCAAUUAUUAAUGAAUGUACCAAUAAAUGUUACAAUACCAAGAAUAAAUAGAGAAUAUUUACAAUCAGAAAGUAAAAAAAUACGUGCUAUUGAUAAUUAUUCAAUUGAAUCAUUAAUGGAAGCACAAAGAUUACAUAUGCGUGGUAAUAAUCAUAUAUUACAUGUUCAUAAUACAUCAACAACAAUAACAACAUCAUCAACAACAACAACAUCAAGUAAUAAUGGUAAUGGUGAAAUGCAAGCACAAAAUUUUAAAACAUAUAUGACAUUUUUAUUACAAGAUAAUCAUGUUAAUGCAUUUGAAUUAUCUGAAAUGUUUACAUUAUGUUGGCCAACAGUUACUGACAGUCAUACAAUAUCAAAAAUGUAUAAAUUUGGUAUUGCAAAUAGAUCAUUUUUAUUUUUUUGGAGUGGUAUACAAGCAGCACAAUAUUGUGUAUUAAAUAAAUUACGUACACCACUUGGUAAACCACAAGAAACAUUUACAACAAUUGAAAGAUCACUUAAAACACUUGCACGUGAUAUAACAUGUAAACCUCUUAUACAUAACAAUAACAACAAUAAUAAUAAAAAUAAAAAUGAUAUUGAAUAUUCACUUAAUCAACAUACUAAAGUUAGAUUAUUUGUUGAAUUUUUAGAACAUCUUGAAAGAGCAAUACAUAAUGGUGCUGAAGGUUGUGCAAUUGCAUUAUCAUCAUUACCAAAACCAGUUAGAACAUUUUUUUAUACAAAUAAAUCAACAUGUCGUGAAUGGUUAAUACGUAUACGUUUAGCACUUUGUGUUGUAUCAUUACAUGCUGGUUUAGCAACAAAUGCAUUAAGAAAUGGACAAAGAUUAAUUGAAGAUUUAACUGAUAUUAAAACAACUCAUAAAGCUGAAUUUGAACGUGCUGUAUUUUGUACAGCACAAGCACUUAUUAUGCUUGGUGAAACUGAAGCAUUACAAGGUCUUUAUAUUCAUACUAAAGAUAAAGAUAAUAAAUUUUAUUGGUUAAAAGCUGCUAUUGAAGAAGCUGCUGGUCAUUAUGAAAAUGCUGCUGAUAGUUAUAAAAUGAUUUUGUCAAAUCAUUUAUGUACAUCAACAUUAACACCAACAACACCAACAACACCACCAACACCAACAACAUCAAUGAGUGAUGAAACAUCUAGUACUCCUACUGCUACUACUGCUAGUGCUAGUGCUAGUCCUAAUGUUACUUCUCCUACUAGUGAAAAUGAAUCAUCAAUAAAUGGAGACAGUCAAAUUGCUGAAUUUGCAAUGCAACAUUUAGUUAGAUGUUAUUCAAGUGUUUGUGAUUGGGAACAACUUGAAAAAUGGACAAUACAAGAAAAUGAAAUAUUAAAAAAUGAAAAUAAUAUAUUAUUAACUAAAAAUAUACAAUUAUUUGGUAAUACAACAAUAACACAAGCAAAAUGUUUAAAAAAUUUUGAAAAUAAUGAAAUUUCAAGUAUUGAUGAAUUAUCAAAUUGGAAUUUAUUAGAUGAAAAAGCAACAACAAAUUGGAGCUGUAAAAAAACAAUGUUAGAAUGUUCAAAUACACUUAUGAAUAUUGCACUUAAAAUACAUUCUGAUAGAAACAAUAAUGAUAAUGAUGAAAGUAAUAAUAAAAUUAAUAAUAAUAAAUAUUAUGAAAAAAUUGAACUUGUUAGAAAAAUUGUUGGUAAAACAAUUGAAGAAAGUUUACGUAAUAUACCAUCAGAAUAUUUAAAUGAUUCAAUUUUAAUACAAUAUUCAACUCGUGGUCUUGUUGAUUUAUUAAAUAAUAAAAAACCAGAUGUAUUUGAACUUUUACCAUCAGAAAAAAUUAAAAAUUUAGAUUGUAAUGUUAUGGGUAAAAUUUUAUGGUGGUCUGAUUAUUUUUCACGUUGUUAUAAUGAUGAUUCAAAUACCACCAUAAAUAAUAAUAAUGAUCAUGUAUCACGUUUACGUCUUGAAGUUGUUAGAAAUGCUAGAAAAGAAGGUAAUUUUAAAUUAGCUAAACGUGAAAUAACAAAAUAUUUUAUAAAUGAAAAAUUAUUUGAUAUUGAAUUAAAUGAUACAUCAAAUAUAUUUACUGAUAUUAAAAAUAAAAUAUUAAAUGAUAAUAUAAAUAUAACAUGGACACAAAAUAAUAUGCGUGCAUUUAAAGAAUUAUCAAAACUUUUAUUUACAAUGGAAUCAAUUGAUGAUGCUGUUAAAAUUUGUAGUAUAACAGCUUUAGGUAUAUCAAGAUCAAUUGUUAAUAAUGACAAUGAUAAACCAUCAAAUAAUUUACGUAAAAUUGGUACAAAAUUAAUGUUAACACUUGGUAAAUGGAUACAACAACAAGAAAUUAAUUUAUCUAAAAAUAUACAGUUAACUGAAUUAUUACGUUUUGAAUCAAUUCAUAAUGACAAAUUAAUGGAUAAGCUAUUUGGACAAACAACUGAAUUAAUACCACAUUGUGAUAUAAUUAUUGGUAAAUUAAUGCAACUUGGUGUUAAUCAAUGUCCAGAAUUACCAACAGCAUGGUCAAAUUUUGCAGCAUGGUGUUACAAAUGGGGUAGAAAAAUUGUUGAUAAUUCACAUACUGGUCAAUUAACUGAAAUGGAUAUAACAAAAAUUAAAUCAUUAUUACCAUGUGAUAUUAAUGAUACAGAUACAGCAUCAAUAUUAUCAAUAUUAAAUCAAAAUAAAAGUAUACCUGAAGAUGAAGGUGAUAUUGAAACAAAUGACGUUAAAACAUAUGAUAUGAUUGAACAACAAUUACAACAAGUACCAAUAUUAUCAAACGCAAAUCAUGAACAAUUAGAAAUACUUGUUGAUAUAUGGAAACAAGCACAAAAACGUAUAUAUUCAUAUUAUGAAUUAUCAGCAAAUGCAUAUUUUAAAUAUUUAGAAUUAUCAAAUGGUGAAACAAAUGAUUGUGCAACAAUAACAGCAACAUUAAGAUUAUUAAGAUUAAUUGUUAAACAUGCAUUAGAAUUACAAAAUGUACUUGAAUCUGGUUUAGCAACAACACCAACUGGACCAUGGAAAGAAAUAAUACCACAAUUAUUUUCACGUUUAAGUCAUCCAGAAUUAUAUGUUAGAACACGUGUAUCUGAAUUAUUAUGUCGUAUUGCUGAAAAUAGUCCACAGCUUAUAACAUUUCCAGCAGUUGUUGGUGCAAUAUCUGAUAAUAGUAAAGAUUUUAAUAAUAUACCACAACGUUAUGUACAACGUAAUAAUAAUAAUAAUGAUAAUUCAGAUAAUGAUAAUUUAACAAAUGAACAAAAUGGUGUUGUUAAAAGUAUUAAUAGUGAAGAUGACGAUGAUGAUGAGGAUGAUGAUGAGGAAGAUAAAAAUAUUGAUUAUCAUAAUGAUGAACAUAAAACAUUUUUAGAUGCAUGUUUUGCACAAUUAGCUGAUUGUUUAUCAACUGGUUUUCAAGAAUCAGUUAAUCAUAUUAAAAUAUUUGUCAAAGAAUUACGUAGAAUAACAUUAUUAUGGGAUGAAUUAUGGUUGGGUGCAUUUUGUCAACAUCACAGUGAUAUUACAAAACGUUUUGAACAAUUAGAAAUUGAAAUACAAAAAGUACAAGAUAAUAUGUGGUUAACAAUUGAAGAAAAAGAUAAAUUAAUAAUUGAAAAACAUAGAAUAAUAUUAAAACCAAUAAUAUUUAUACUUGAAAAUUUAAUAACAAUAACAACAGUUACUGCUGAAACACCACAUGAAAAACAAUUUCAAGAUAAAUUUGGACCAAGUAUUGAUGAAGUUAUACGUAGAUUAAAAAAUCCAAAAAAUCCAUCAAAACCACAAACAACAUCAAUAUUAUUAAAACAACUUGAAACAAAGCUAGCACAAAAAGUUAAUAAACGUAGUGCAUAUUCAUUAUCAAUGAAAGAUAUUAGUCCAGUACUUGCUAAUAUGAAAAAUACAAAAAUAGCUAUGCCUGGUGUAUUUAUAAAAGAUAAAAAUAAAUUAAUAACAAUACAUUCAGUUGAUAGUCAUGUACAAAUAUUACCAACAAAAACAAAACCAAAAAAGUUAAUGUUUCAUGGUUCUGAUGGACAUAUUUAUACAUAUUUAUUUAAAGGACUUGAAGAUUUACAUCUUGAUGAAAGAAUAAUGCAAUUUUUAACAAUAUGUAAUACAAUGAUGUCUAAAAAUAAUGAUACUAAAAAAAUAUAUCGUGCUAGACAUUAUUCAGUAAUACCUCUUGGUCCAAGAUCUGGUUUAAUACAAUGGGUUGAUGGUGUAACACCAUUAUUUGCGCUAUACAAACGUUGGCAACAACGUGAAAUAUCAAUGUCAAGUACAAAAAAUAUAAAUAAUACAAAUAAUAAUACAACGGUUAUGAGACCGUCUGAAUUAUUUUAUAAUAAAUUAGCACCAUUAUUAAAAGAACGUGAUAUACCAUUAGAAAAUAGAAAAGAAUGGCCAUUACCAAUAUUAAAACAAGUAUUAUCUGAACUUAUGAAUGAAACACCAAAAGAUUUAUUAGCCAAAGAAUUAUGGUGUAAUAGUAUUAAUUCUGGUAAUUGGUGGCAAGCAACAAAAUCAUAUUCAUAUUCAGUUGCUGUUAUGUCAAUAAUUGGUUAUAUUAUUGGUCUUGGUGAUCGUCAUCUUGAUAAUGUAUUAGUUGAUUUAAAUAAAGGUGAAGUUGUACAUAUUGAUUAUAAUGUUUGUUUUGAAAAAGGUAAAACAUUACGUGUACCAGAAAAAGUACCAUUUAGAAUGACACCAAAUAUUAAAACAGCACUUGGUGUUACUGGUGUUGAGGGUAUAUUUCGUUUAGCAUGUGAACAUACAUUAAGAGUUAUGAGACGUGGACGUGAAACAUUAUUAACAUUACUUGAAGCAUUUGUAUAUGAUCCACUUGUUGAUUGGCGUGCUGGUGCUGAAAAUACAAUAACAACUUAUGGUGUAUGUCAAAAUCGUGGACGUUUUAAUAAUAUUGAUGAUAAAAAAACACUUGAAAAAGAAUUAACAAAAGCAAUGUUUGCUGUUAGAAUAACGGAAAUUAAAGGUGAAUGGUUAUCAAAUCGUGAAUCAAUGUUACGUAUAUUACCAUUAUUAUCAAAACAAAUGAAUGAUUGGUUAGAUACAAAUAAUACAACAAGACAAUGUCAAGAAUUACUUAAUGAACGUCAUAAACAAUUGUCAUUUAUAAAAGAAGCACAAGUUAUUGGUAAAAAUCAUCAAAUUUAUACAAUUAUUAAAAGAUAUAAUACAUUUAAAAAAACACGUGAUAUACAUGAAAAAGCAAAGUUAUGCUUGAAAGAAAAAAUUGAUGAAUGUGAAAAACAUAUAUCAAUGCAUAAUAUUGCAUUAUGUGCUGUUAGAAAUUCAACACAGCUAUCAAUAUGGUUAAAUGAAUCAAGAAAUCAACCAAAAACAGCACAUGAAGAUCACAUGGUAUUUGAUUUAGUCAAAGAAUUUUUACAAAAUGCUGGACAAAGUCAAAUGAUUAUACAAUGUGAACAAUCAGAAAAUGAUUUAACAACAUUAGCAAUACAAGAAUCAUUAUUAAUACGUAAUUGUCUUGAUUUAUUAAAUCAAUAUUCAACAAUAUGUAAUUUUUAUCCACUAAGUACAAUAACUAAAAAACACAGAUCAAUAAUUUAUCAUACAUUGGCUAAUAAAUUAUUAAUAACUGGUACACUUGAUACAUGUCAUGAUGUUAUUAAAAAAUUUGAUUAUUAUUUUACACCACCAAUGAUUAAUGAUAAACGUGUACAACGUAUUAUAAAAUUUUCAUAUCAAUUACAAGAAAUGAUUAAUAAAACAAAUGAUAAAUUUAAUAAAAAUUAUGAAAAAAUGGUUACAAAUGAAGGUUUACCAGAUGCUAAAUUAAGAAUUGAUAAUAUAUAUUCUGAUAUUAAACAACAAAUAAAUACAUUUUUACAAAGAGAUAAUAUACAAGCUGAAAAAUCAUUUGAAUGUGUUAAUAUAAAUACAUUUUGUACAUUAAAUAAACGUAUAUUAUUAAUGGAAGGUGCUGCAAAAGGUGCAGCAGAAUGUCUUGUUGAUUUAACAUCAAGAGAAGGUGAUUGGUUUUUAGAUGAAAUGAGAUUAAUGUCAUCACUUGUUGUUGAACUUGUUAAUUUAAUACCAAUUGAUAAUAUCAAUGAUAUAAAAAAUGAAAAUUAUCAUUUAUCAAAAUCUCUUGAUUGUUUAAAAAUAACUGAUGGUAUUUAUCAAUGUUUACAAGAACUUAAUUAUAAUUUUCAAAUGAUAAUAUUACCAGAAGCAAUUAAAACAAUUAUCAUUGAAGAACCAAGUGUUAUGAUGAUUAUCAAUGAAAUUAAUGAUAUAAUAUUAUCAAUUGGUAUUCCAAUUAAUGAUUUAUUAAAACAAUUAGAUAAUCAUUUGACAUUUACAUUAAUGGAUAUUGAUAGUCCACAUGAAUUACUUGAAAAUAUUAUUAAUAAUAUACGUAAUAAAUUUGAGCUUAUGCUAUCAUCAACACCAAUAACAAAUUUAGAUAAUAAUAAUCAAAAUCAAGAUACUGAUAUUUUGACACCUGGUAAAAUGUUAUUGAUGGGAUUUAAUGGUUUAUUUGAAAAAUUACAAGCUGAAGGUAAUUUACUUAUAAAUACAUUAUCAACACUUGAUGUACCAGCUUGUUGGAAAAAAAUUGAUCAAAUAAUUGAAGCUAAAAAAAUAUCUGUACCAAUAUUUCAUGAUAAAGCACGUCAAGUACUUGAUGAUAUAUUUUUAAUAAAACGUUUAAAUACAAUUAAUGAAUUUUUUAAUAUGUGUCAAGAUAUUGCUAAAAAUUUUAUUGAUAUUAAUACAACAACAACAACAACAACAAAUAUUAGUAGUAAUAUUAUUAAUUUUGAUGAUGAAAAAUUAAUAAAACCAGUAAAAUUAUUUAUUGCUGAUUAUGUAUCACGACAAUUACUUGGUGUAACAUCACAAGCACUUGGUAUUGCAAUAUGUUAUUUAUUACAAAGAAUGGGAUUAAAUGUAACAUCUGAAAUUGAACAAAGAGACAUUGGUGCUGAGAGUAAAGUAUCAAUUGAAGAACUAUGUCGUAAAAUGAUUGAUACAUGUUUAAGAAAUGGUACAUUUAAUGGUACAUUACUUGGUCAAGCUGGUGUAUUAUGUACAACACUUGAAACAACAUGGAGACGUAAAAUAUCAUCAAGAAUAUCACAACAAAGUGUUGAUAUAACAAGAUCAACAUUACAAAGAUUACAAUUACAAUUUACAGCACAUUAUUGGCUACAUGAAGAUUGUUUAACAAUUGGAAGAAUUAAUUUAAAUACAAUUAAUCCAUUAAAUAGAUCAACAUUUAUGUUAGAAUUACGUAAAACAGUUGCAGCAUUAAAUACAAUACAAUCACGUGUAUUUGAAGCUAAAGAACAACAACAAAAUCUUGUUAUGAGUGUUGAUCAAAGAUUAAAAUGGGCUGCUGGUGCUAAUCCAGCAUUGGCUGAAGUUAUGGCUGCAUUUGGUAAUGCUGUUAUAUUAUCAAAUGAUAAAUUAAAUAAACAAAAAAAUUUAGCAAUUAUUAUAUCAAAUACAUGUAGUUCAAUAUUACAUUAUGAAGCAUUAAGAACAAGAACAACUGAAUCAAUAACAAAUGAUAAUAAUUUUUUAAAAUUAAUUAAACAAUGGGAAGAAAGUUGUGCACUUAGAACAAAUUUAUCAGUUAAUAUAUCACUUGUUGAAGAAAAUUUAGUUGAAUUAUUUCAAUUUGAUAACAACAAUAACAAUAACAACAACAACAACAACAACAACAACAUUGAUAUUAAUUGGUUGAUAAAAGCUGAAAAACGUUUAUCUGAUAUUAUUAUUGAUAAUCAAAAAUUAUUACAACAAAAACAAGAUUUACAUAAAAUAACUGAAGAAGCACUUAAAGAACGUUCAAGUGAUUUACAAAUUAUUCUAACUGAACAUCAUCGUUUAAUGAAUGACGUUAGAACAUUAUUACGUACAUUAGUUAAACAAGAAAAUAUACCUGGUUUACAAGAAUAUUUAACAGAGUAUCGUAUAUUUAUUGAAAAUAUAUCUGGUUUAGUUAAAGAAUUUGAAUCAGAUAAUCUUGAACAAUUACGUAUUAUUGAAUCAAAAGUUAUUAUUGAUACACUUACUGUUAAAGUUGGUAAACUUUAUGAUGAAUUAUUAAAUAUUUCAAAUGAAUUAAUUAUAAAAACAAAAUUAAAUGAUGAUAAUAAUUUAACAAUGACAAGAAGAGCUAAACUUGUUAGACAAGAUACAAGUGUAUGUUUAAGUCCAAGAAAAGGAAUUCCAUUGGUACGAGAUCCUACAACAGGCAAAGCUGUACAAGAACGCAAUGCAUAUGCACUUAAUGUUUGGCGUCGUGUAAGAAUGAAAUUAGAAGGACGUGAUCCAAUUUCAUCAAGAAAAUAUACAACUGCUGAACAGGUCGAGUAUGUUAUACGUGAAGCCCAAAGUUUUGAUAAUUUAGCUCUAUUGUACGAAGGUUGGACUCCGUGGGUGUGAACGUCGCGGAUGCCGGCGCAACCGCGUCGUAUGGUUUGACCUCAUUUAAUUAAUUGGUACUCGAUUUAAUAAGUACCAAAUUGACAAAAAUAAAAAGCAGAUUUUUAAUAAAAACACCAACAACAGAAACAGAAACAGAAAAAAAAAAUUAAAAAAAGUAAAAUACAAUAAUUCAACAAGUAACAAGUAACAAUGUGACAUUGGAAUAAUUGCUUAUUUUAAUGAUUAGCGAUUGGAAAUUCAGGAUGAUAUGGUAAUCACACAAGAACAUGUGUGUUUGUAUUUUCACUGAGGCAACUGUCAUAUAUCAACUUGAGAAAGUCAGUUAUAUUAAAAUACGAUUAUGAAAGAUAAAUCGUAAUCAAUCGUGUCAUCAUAACGUAUAUCACUUACGUAUGAGCGCAAAAUAUAUAUUUUUUAUUUUACUUUUUUAUCCUCAAUUCAAGCAAUCUCAGCUAGCACAUUUGUUACAUCAUCUUGGGUUGACAUUGUCUUUGAAGGACAAUUGUUAAAUUGAUGCAAGCCUCGAGGGACGCUUUACAGGA